UCUCCCUUUAUCACCAUAGAACAAAGGUCUUCAAUGGGCGCCAGUAAUGAGAUGACAAGUGAAAGCUACAAUGGGAUAAGUGAAAGUUCAGUUGGGACUUUGGAUGUGAGCAAGGGAGUCGAUGCUGUCAAGGAGGCAACCAACAUAAAGCUUGUGAUCGCAAAAGCCUUAGUUCAGGUUACCCUCGGUAUGGGCGUUGAGGCACCCGUCGAUGCCACCGUCGUACCAAAUUCUCAGAUUGAACCCAUGUCCACAUGUUUUGAUUUCCUAACUCUCAUUUCUAAUGGGGAGCACAUCAAAGCUUUCUUGGGCAGGUUCGAACAAGACAUAAAUAAUGAACAUGAGGCUUCCCAUUUCUACAACUUCGUAGGCCCAAGCACACAUAUCCAUCAGUUCUCUGUCCCUUCAGAGAAUGUUCCAUUGUUAGGACAUCUACGAACCAGGCACAAUGAUUUCAUCAGGCAAUUGACAGUUGGUUUAGUUGUCGGGAAUCCUUUAUUGAGGAUCUUGGCUGCGGUGCUUAUGGAUAUGUAAGAAACUCAGGUGAAUGCCUUAACUGAAGAGUGAUCGUUUGAGUGGAAGGAUGCUGUGAGAGACUUACAUAAGGCUAGUUUGGAUCUUUCCUUUGUUCUCCAUCAUCUUCGAGAUGUUGCUACAUCGUGGUUUUGUAGAGAUGUGAAAAUUCGAUUGGCAUCUAUUGUGUGUCAGAUUUCUAAAUUGGAAAUAUAGCUCGCAAUACUAAAGUCAGAGAUGGUCCAGUUGCAAAGAAAUCCUCCAGAUGCUAUCAUCCUGGAUAACACUACCAUUCACGGCUUGCUUUGAAUUUCCACCGUCUCCUUAUCAUAUGCCUUUUUUUUUUCUAUGACAGAUGUAUCUUGUAGGAAAAGUGCUUAGACCCCCCUCUUUUUCGGUCCUUGUGUAUGGAGACGCCCCAUAUCCCUUUUUUGUUUUAGGUUAUGUACAUGUACUGAACAACACCCUUGGCUUUGUAUUUGGUAUUUCGCUUAGAUUAACCUAUCAUGGUUAA